AUGGCCGCCGGCAAGGAUCAGCCCCAGCAGGGCAUUGAGACUGCUCCUGUUCAACACCAGGUCGAGAUGGGCGAAUACCAGAACAAGCAGGAUAUCUCCCAUGUCGAGCAGGUCCUCUCUGGUGAAGAUUUGAAGAAGAAUAAUAUGGAUACUAGCCGUGUCGACAAGGAAGUCCAGGCUUAUGCUGCCGAUGUGGCAGUGGAGAUUGAUGCGGAGACUGAGAAGCGUCUCAAACGUUUGAUCGAUCGUCGUGUUCUGGUCAUUAUGAUAUGCACAUAUUUCCUGCAGGCUUUGGACAAGGGAACUAUGUCUUUCUCUGCUAUUAUGGGCAUCAAGACAGAUGCGGGUUUGGAGGAUGGACAAAAGUAUUCUUGGUUGACUACCUGUAUUUACAUCGCCGUCCUCACGGUCGAAUACCCAACCAACUGGAUUAUCCAACGCGUCCCAAUUGGUAAGUAUCUGGGCAUCAACAUUUGCCUCUGGGGUACAAUUCUGGCCCUCCACGCUGCUUGCCACAACUUCGCCGGAUUGGUCACCGUCCGCACCUUGCUGGGUAUCUUCGAGGCCUGUUGCCAACCUAUCUUCGUUACUCUGUCAUCGAUGUGGUACAAGAGAGAGGAGCAGGCGGCUACUGUCACAUACUGGUACAUGAUGAACGGCACCCAACAAAUCGUCGGUGGUCUCCUAGCUUACUGCUUCACCCUAAUCGGCUCCGACAAAGUCAUCAAAUCGUGGCAAGCCCUCUUCCUCACCUACGGAUGCAUUUCCGUAAUCUGGGGACUCUUCGUCAUCUGGUACAUGCCCGACUCGCCUAUGCGUGCCAAGUGCUUCACCGAGGAAGAUAAGCGCCUGAUGGUCGAGCGUCUCCGUUCCAACCAGACCGGUAUCCAGAACAGACAAUUCCGUUCAUAUCAGAUGUGGGAGGCUUUCCGCGAUCCCCAGAUGUGGUGCUAUUGUGCCGUGCAGAUGUUCACAACUCUUCCCACCAGUGGACUGGGUGCUUUCUUCACUAUCAUCAUUAAGAGUUUCAACUUUACUACCUUGCAGACUCAGUUGCUUGCUAUGGUCCUUGGUGCUUAUAUCAUUGUUAUUCUGUUGUCGUCUGCUUGGUUGGUCAAGAAGUAUAACCAGAAUCUGCUGGUUAUGUUGGGUUUCAUCAUUCCUUCAUUUAUUGGAACCAUCGUCCUGAUGACCGUCGAGAACACAACCCUCUCCACAAAGGUCGGCCUGUUGAUUAGUUACUACAUCACCAUGUCCUUCUGGUCCGCCCAGACCCUCACCCUGUCAAUGGUGUCCCGAAAUGUCGCCGGACAAACCAAGAAGGCAACCGUAGUUGCAGCGACCUUCGUGUCUUGGGCCGCCGGAAAUGCAAUCGGCCCCCAAGUCUUCCUCGAUACAGAUGCCCCACGGUACCACAUCGCCUGGAGUGUCCACCUGGCCUGCUACGCCUGCAUGGUCUCCGCUGUCAUUUAUCUCCGCUUCUACCUCAAGCGCCAGAACGCCAAAAAGGAUAAGCUGUUGGCAGAGUCUGGACUCAGCGCUGCGGAUCCUAACCUGGUCCACGCUUUCGAGGAUAAGACUGAUCAGGAGAACAUGAAUUUCCGAUAUGUUUAUUAG